ACGUGUGCGAGCCCGGGCGCCCGCAGGGCCUCUGAGAGCUCCCGGCCUCGGGCGCCGGCGGCGCUGUCUAUGCCCGGCCGCCCUCGCGGCUGGCUCUUCCGAGCGGCCCUCGCCGCCGCCGCCGCCCUCCUGCGCCCGGAGUCGCGCGCCUGCCUCCUCGCCGCCCGGCCCGCGCCGCGCCCGCGCUCCCAGGCCCCGGGUUCUCUUAAAUGUUUUCUUGGAGCCUUAAAAAUGGAGAUGACAGAAAUGACUGGUGUGUCACUGAAGCGUGGGUCCCUGGCUGUCGAAGACAAUGACAGUGUGGCGCCAGCUGAGGAGGCAAAAAGACAGAAGGUGUCGGAAUGCUGUCUGACCACAGGCCGAGCCGGGCUGGAGAAUGCCUCUCCCUCCAGCGGUGAGAAUGUGCUCGGGCCACCUGGUGCUGUAAGUGCGGGAGAGGGUACAGAGAAUUCUGAUGCUCGGUUGGAAGAGGAGGAGGAGGAGGAGGAAGAUGACCUUUCAGAGGAGGGGGACGAGGAGGAGGAAGCGGAGAGCUUUGCAGACAUGAUGAAGCAUGGACUGACCGAACUUGAUGUAGGCAUCACCAAGUUUGUAAGUUCCCACCAAGGAUUCUCGGGGAUCUUAAAAGAAAGGUACUCCGACUUCGUUGUUCAUGAAAUAGGGAAAGAUGGGCGUGUCAGCCAUUUGGAUGACUUGUCUGUCCCAGUGGAUGAAGAGGCUCCUUCGGAAGAUAUGUUGACGGUUUUGACAGCCGAAGAAAAGCAGCGUUUAGAAGAGCUCCAGCUUUUUAAAAAUAAGGAAACCAGUGUUGCCAUCGAGGUUAUUGAGGACACCAAAGAGAAAAGAACCGUCAUCCAUCAAGCAAUUAAAUCUCUGUUUCCAGGAUUAGAGACAAAAACAGAGGACAGAGAGGGGAAGAAGUAUAUCGUAGCCUACCACACAGCUGGAAGGAAGGCUCUGGCAAAGGUCAGCACUGCAGCAGAUCCAAGAAAACAUUCUUGGCCAAAAUCUAGGGGAAGUUACUGCCACUUUGUACUGUACAAGGAAAACAAAGACACGAUGGAUGCUAUUAAUGUUCUGUCCAAAUAUUUAAGAGUCAAGCCAAACAUUUUCUCCUACAUGGGAACCAAAGAUAAAAGGGCCAUCACCGUCCAGGAGAUCGCUGUUCUCAAAAUAACUGCACAGAGACUUGCCCACUUGAACAAGUGCUUAAUGAACUUCAAGCUGGGGAAUUUCAGCUAUCAGAAAAACCCUCUGAAGCUGGGGGAGCUUCAAGGCAAUCAGUUCACCGUCGUUCUCAGAAACAUAACCGGAACUGACGCCCAAGUCCAGCAGGCCAUGAACUCUCUGAAGGAGAUCGGCUUCAUUAACUACUACGGAAUGCAAAGAUUUGGGACGACGGCCGUGCCCACGUAUCAAGUCGGAAGAGCCAUACUGCAGAAUUCCUGGGCUGAAGUCAUGGAUUUGAUAUUGAAACCCCGUUCUGGAGCCGAGAAGGGCUACUUGGUUAAAUGCAGGGAGGAGUGGGCGAGGACCAGAGACCCGGCUGCUGCCCUCCGAAAGCUGCCUGUCAGAAGGUGUGUAGAAGGGCAGCUGCUUCGAGGACUCUCCAAGUAUGGAAUGAAGAAUAUGGUCUCUGCGUUCGGCAUAAUACCGAGAAAUAAUCGCUUAAUGUAUAUUCAUAGCUAUCAGAGCUAUGUGUGGAAUAACAUGGUCAGCAAGCGGAUAGAAGAGUAUGGACUGAAACCUGUUCCAGGGGACCUGGUUCUCAAAGGAGCCACAGCGACAUAUAUUGAGGAAGAAGAUGUUGAUAAUUACUCCAUCCAUGAUGUGGUAAUGCCCUUGCCUGGUUUCGAUGUCAUCUACCCAAAGCAUAAAAUUAGCGAAGCCUACAGGGAAAUGCUCACCGCGGACAAUCUUGACAUUGACAACAUGAGACACAAAAUUCGGGACUACUCCUUGUCAGGGGCCUACCGAAAGGUCGUCAUUCGUCCUCAGAAUGUCAGCUGGGAAGUCGUUGCAUAUGACGAUCCUAAAAUUCCCCUCUUCAACACAGACGUGGACAACCUCGAAGGGAAACCACCCCCAGUUUUCGCUUCUGAGGGCAAAUACAGAGCUCUGAAGAUGGAUUUCGCUCUCCCUCCUUCCACCUACGCGACCAUGGCCAUUCGCGAAGUGCUGAAAAUGGACACCAGCAUCAAGAACCAGACCCAGCUGAACACCGCCUGGCUCCGCUGAGCCCUCAUGCCCAGAUCGGAAGACGCUGGCUUCCUGCUCCUUCUGCUCUUCGUUCCAGCCCCUCUGGGGCUUUGGGAUCUUUGUAGUAAAAGAUUAUUUGUAUUUUUUCAAGCUUUUCUUAGCUUAAUUUGCAAUAUUUGUACACAUACACAAAUCCUGAGGAUCCUGACUCCAGCCCAGAGAGUGUAAAUUGGUCAGAGGAUGUUUCAGGUGCUUAAAUCAUGGUGAAAGUCGGCUUUACUGGCUUUAUGAUAAUUGGGAAGGACUUUGGUUUAAAGUAGCAGUUUUAGGUUUUGCUGCCUUCUUGGAGGACCACAGGAAUUUUUAACACCUCCAUGACUGCAGUAUACGACAGUACAUUUGAAGAGAAUUUGACUAUGGAUAAAUAAUUAGACCCCCUCCCCACUUAAGAACAUAAGUCAGUCUUCAUGCUUAUUUACAUGAUGAUAAAACAUCUACAGGUUUAUAAACUCGAAAUGAUUGUCAUUCUCUAGCUCAGGCACCACGUUCAAGCAGAUGUUUCUAGAUGUGUUAGUUGCGAGGGCUUUGGCGUUUGUAUUAUCGUUGCCUUGCGGGAUGGUUGCACUGAAGGGGCCUGUUUCCUUGAUGCAAACGUGUGCAGCUAUUCUUAUUAGUUCAGGUCUCAUUUUCAUUCUGGGUGCCUUUUAUGUUCAGAACUCUUUCCACUGGACUGCUGUUUGUCCAGAAAUAAAGAGAGAGCAGAGAAGACAACUUGAAACACUGACAAGGGCUCCUCGUAUCAGCAGCGUUACCCUUUGUCACCGACGGCUUAGGUGUUUGCGUCUCUGGCAUUGCGUAAAACUUCUGUGGUGGGAAAGGAGAAAUAUGCCUUUCCAAGGGUGUGUGGCCUAAUUGUACCCAGUUUUAUUUUCUAUCAUUUCUAGAACCAAAUAUAAUAAAUAUUUUUAAAAACUCC